CUCAGUGCCUAAACCCCACCCUGUCCGCGGCACGUGCGCCUGCGCGAGCCCGGCCCCGCCCCACAACCCCCACCAGAACCGGAAGUGGAGGGGCGGGUCCUGGGAGAAGCCUCCGCUGAUCCCUCCUCUCCCGGGCUGCCGCAGUGAAAUUGGGCGCGUUUGCGCAGUGACGUUCUUUUUUUGUUGCAAGGUAAGGCAGGGCUGGCAUGGCGGCCGGGGGCUCCUGGAUCCCAGCCUCGCGGUGUGCCGGGCUCGGCUCUCGCUGGUUCGGGGCGGGGAUGGCGUCGUGCGAUGCAUGCGGCGGGCAUGGCCGGGGGGUGUAGCGGGCCAGGCUGGGACCGGCUCGGGCGGAGAGUUGGCGCCUCGCCUGGCUCCCGGGCGCCCGUGCUGGGCCUGGCCGUGCCGCCCGCUGGCUGGCUGGGAGUGGGCCUGCUCACCAUGCGGGCUGGGUGCGGGGGGAUGGGCGAGGUGCGGCCUGGGAGCCUGCGAACAGCUGCCGGAUCCCCGGCCAGCCUGGCAGCUUUCCCGCGCUGAGCUGCGCUACUGCCCAGGGGCCGCCAUAGUACGGGGCUCCCAAUCCGGCGGCUCCUGCCUGCGGUAACCGGGCUCUCCUGGCCGGCUGGAGCCUGUGCUGGCGGCUUCCGUUUCCUGGGCCAGGCGUGUCUCCGACACGUGGAUAGUGACAGGGCCCGGAGCCCGGCUUCCCCCCGGUCAGACCCACUCGCCAUGGCUGUGACCUUAACCCUAUGGGCACCGCAUGUGGGCACUGCGGGUAGCAUCCUCGGGCACUCAAUGGGUUAACGCAGGCUGGGCCCCCCAAUUCUAAUCCCCAUCUCUGGGUACUGCCUUGGCCCUCUGCCUGUAAAACAUAAGGAGAGCUCCAACAUGGCAAACUUCACAUCGCAGCAUUGUGGGAUAUUACAGAAAUCUUAGAUAUUAAUACAAAGACUGCUUUAACCUCUGCAUUAUUAACUUAAUGGGCAUAGUUACCAGUAUGAAGUGCCUAUUAAAUGUUAGGGCAUCAUGGGAAAUGUACACCAUAUUUUAUAUAUAGAAUUUCAAUGUCUUGCAUAGAUCAUAAUGUGCUUUAGUGUUAGAUUUGUGACAGAUUUGUGACCGUUCAGUGAUUCUUUAUUACCAAUCCUAUGUUUGCCACCUUAGACACCCAGCAACAUGGCAGAUGAUAUCGAUUUCACCACUGGGGAUGCUGGAGCUUCCACCACUUUCCCCAUGCAGUGCUCUGCCCUGCGCAAGAACGGCUUUGUGGUUCUGAAGGGACGUCCUUGUAAAAUUGUUGAAAUGUCUACUUCUAAGACCGGCAAACACGGUCAUGCCAAGGUAAAUACAAGAAAGCUAGUAAUGAUUAAAUUUGUGUGUGUGUGUCUAAAGAAUAUAUAAUAUGCACUGGCAUGUUAAAUUCCUCUGGUGGAACAGUUCUGAUUAGUAGAAAUAGUAAUUGUCUUUUCCAGUCUCGUUGGCUAGAUGCACAGGUGCAGUCAAAAAGUGACUAUUACGUAUGUAACAGUAGACGUCCGCUCUUAAUGCCCAUUAAAGUAUAACAUGACUGUCUUUUGUAUAGUAAGCCAGAUGUAUAUUGUUAGAAGAUCACAAAGUGAUUGUGGGACUUGCAUAAAGGCAUCGUAGUCGCAGUGUUUAUAGUGUUUGCUUAUACAGGGGCUCCAAAAAUACUAUUCUAUUGACUAUAAAGCUUCUGGCUAUAUACAGUUUACCAUAACACAGUGAGAAGGCACGACCACUGGACACCAUAACUUAAUUGAGAUGAAAGUCUAACAUCUAGUUAGAUGUAGUGAUGUUUCCAUGGACACAAGUACUGCAUUGGUUGUCCUGUGUUGGACAUUUCAUUCUCAAAUUCAUUAGUGGUGUUUAAUGGGAUGGGGGGGAAAACAAGGAAUCUCACUUUCAGAGAAGUUACAUUUUCUAAUUAAGCAAAGGUGGUACAUAUUUAUUGCUUGUGGUUUCAGAAAACAUUUAGCAUUUCUGUUGAUUUGUUUUGCAGGUUCACCUUGUUGGUAUUGAUAUUUUCAGCGGUAAGAAGUAUGAAGAUAUUUGUCCAUCUACCCACAACAUGGAUGUUCCAAAUAUUAAAAGAAGUGAUUAUCAAGUAAGUUGACCACAUUUGAUUGCAAUCUACACUUUGAUACAAUUGUCAUCCUAUCUGUUGUCUCCUUUUAAGAGUUCAAAUACUUAUGUGCUGUUAUUUCCCCGCACAUAUAUUUAAUAAAGCAGAGCACAAUCUGUUGGCAAUAUGUAAAUGUCCGCAAUAAACAUUUGUAUUUAAAAGCAUCUAGACAGUUUAAUGGUUUAAAAUCUCUUCUCUGGAUUUAAUUAUCUAAACAAAUGCUCUGGAUAUCUUGUGCAGUCAUUGCAUUGUGGCUAUAUGCACCUAUUCAACUAUCGUACCAGCCUUCUACCAUAACUGCUACAGCUCUCUUCCUAUAAUAAAACGCUUUGAUACUUGUUUGUUUUUUUGUUUUUUUUUGGUGCCUGUGCUUAUUCCCAUCUUAAGUAGUGUCAAAAUAGGAACAAAAUUAAGAUUUUUCAACAAUAAUAGGAACUGUUGCUCUAGGAUAUUAUUGAGGACUGGAUGGACCAUAGGCUCCCGGAGGAUCAAAGUAAGUGUCCAUCAAUAUAAAACUUUCCACUAUGAUGGCUCCAGGUAUAAUAGUUGACUACUUACAAUAUAUAAGGAGGGGAGCUGUAUUGUUCUUGGAAUAUUCAUAUAUUUUUAAGUUCAAACUGAGAUCACAAGCUGUAUUUGUGUGAAUAUUUAUGGCCCAGUAAACUUUGCCAGCUAUGGUAUCUUCCAUAACUUGAUUAUAUCACUCUAAAAUAUUUUGCAGCAUUACUUUAAGUUGUAUGAAUAGUUACAACGGCUCUUUCACAUUCUGGGGUCUUUGCCAUAAAUGCAUAUUUUGUAUUGCCCCCUGACUGUAGCACAAGGUAGAUUUUUACUUCCCUGGAGCUGUCCAUGGAGGGUGCCUCCAUCUUUAUCUUCGGUUCCUAGUGUUUCAUCUGCCAGGAGCCUACAUUGGUGCAGCACUCUAUAUAAGAUCCCACAAGGCUGCAGGAGCUUCCACAGGCAAUAGGUUUUUCCUCACAGUAGUCACUAGUGUGAUUAGAGCAUGGCGAUGGCAGCUCCACCUUUUAUCAAGUGGAAGGAAAACACAAGACGGUAGUCCUUGCUUUGUGUUGGUUUCUUUUGACUGCAUUGUAAUUUGAUUGAAAUUAUGUGUAGGUAGCUGCUGCAGCUCUUCGUGAACAGGCUUUCAGUCUGUUUUAAGUUUGGAUAGCAUUGAUUAGCUGUUCAAUGCUGCAUUGGCUCUUCUGUGACCCUUGGUUUUUCAAACGGUUUAACACAGAACAAGAGGCUGCAUUUGCUAGCACCAUAAUUGUGAUGGGCUGUAGUUGGUGUGUUCACAAGACACAAAGGGUUACUCAACAAAUUUAUACAGUAUUGUCUGGUGUGUAUGUUUUGUUUUUUGUAAGUAGCCUUUAAGGACACAAAAAGAUGGAAAAAAUAGCACACUUUACCAUUCUUUGUGCCACAGAUGUUCCCACGCUUGCAUCCUCGAUGCUUGCUUGCAAAUAAAGUGGCUAACAAACGGAGAGGGAGAAAAGGCAGGUGUAGUAAAUCGCACAUAUUUAGGAAUUCCAUUGCAACCCAUACACUAAAUUAAUCUAUAGUUUUAAUCGACUUCAGCAUAUAGCAAGUCUGUUGACUUUGUUGAUAUUGCAUAGCUAAAGCUGUGUUGAUAAGUGUCAUUUCAUCCAAACUAAAAUGGGCAUUAAUCACUUUAGAGCAUAAUGACACAGGUUAAAUCCCUGAUCACACCAGCGAGUACCAGCUAUCAAUUGUGCUGCUGAAGGUCAGCACUGCAUUUAGCCCUUCAAAUCCAUAGAGAACACUGCAUCUGAGUGGUCAAGCUCAGCCAGUAGUUUUCUCACUAGAUCUAGUGUUUGUGAGACCCCCAGCGUCUAAACAGACCCUGGAGGGUCUCCCACAAUGUCCCAAUUGCAGUUUGAUUAGCGCUGGGCUUUGUCAGUUGCCCAGCACCUAUCUAAUGCACUGGGCAUACUAUAAUCCAUGAAACUGAUGGGAGGCUGUCGUUCUAUAAAUAGCUAGUAGAUGGCAGCAACUUACCCUUAUCUUGGAUUUCCCUUUGCUAGUAUCUGCUUAGAUAUUAGCAGAGGGGAACCUUUGGGAUUAGUAUUCAGAUGUGUUUAGAAUUUAAUUUUAGUAUUGGAAUUGGCUUCCAGAUUAGGAUUCAAGCCAGCAAGGGAAUUCCUGUGCUGACAUUACAGGGAAUCCGUCUAACACUAUUUAUAUGGAUAUAUGUGACGGUUAUAAUUAGACUAUGGGUUAGGAUAAAGGUGUUUUAUUAAAUUUGGUUUAGAAUUAGUGUUUUAGUUUAGGCUUUUAACUGGGAUUAAUACUACUUUGCAAAGGUAUACAAGUUGGGGUAUCAUUCUCAGGUGUUCUAGAAUAGUUAAAAGGACACUAUAGUCACCAGAACAACUACAGCUUAUUGAAUUUGUUCUGGUGAGUAGAAUCAUUACCGUCAGGCCUUUUGGUGUAAACACUCUUUUCACAGAAAAUGCAGUGUUUACAUUACAGCCUAGUGAUAACUUCACUGGCCACACUUCAGAUGGCUGCUGGAGAUCCUUACUUCAUGGCUGCCUAAAAUGCAUCCAAACAUUCAGUGUUUCCUCCCUCUGCAUGCAGACACUGAACUUUCCUCAUAGAUUCAUUGAUUCAAUUCUCCUCUAUGAGAAGAUGCUGAUUGGCCGGGGCUGUCUCUUGAAUUGUGCUGGCUCUGCCCCUGAUCUGCCUCGUCAGUCUCAGCCAAUCCUAUGUAGAAGCACUGUGAUUGGAUCAGGCCACCACUUCUGAUGUCAGCAGGCAGUGGACAAUUUAAAAGUAAACUGGGACAAAGUCAGCAGCUUCAGGCUUGAAUACAAGUAAGAUUUUACCAUAUUUAGGGAGGCAAGGGGGACUAGAUGGCAGUUUUAACCCUAUAGGGUCAGAAAUACAUGUGUUCCUGACCCUAUAGUGCUCCUUCAAAAGAACACUAUAUGCUGAAGUGGAUUACAUGCAUUCCUGACCUUAGUGUUAGAAAAGCAUGUUAGGUUGCUUCCUCUAUCCCCUCCACCACACCACACCAAAAAAACUUUUAUUCCAGCUGGCUCUGUCUAUUUGACUGAGAUCGUAAUUGAGAAUCUCUGUCAAUAUAAAGCUUUGGUAAGCAAAUCCACACCCGCUGCAAAAUACCACCCAACACCAAUCUGCGUUAAAUGCUUCUCUAUGAAGAAUGUUCAGCACUGUGCUUACAUAAAAGGGAAGAAAAAAAAUAAUGGACUGGUUUAAUAGAUUCAGCUUUGUAUUUUCACACAAACACCUUGAUAGUGGUAUGAAGUGUCAUUCUGUACUCGGGAGAUAUAGUUAAGCUCAAAUUAGUGAUUUUGUUACAGUAUAGAGUUAAAUUUGCAAAAAAGAUAAAAUACCAUGAACUCUGGGGGGGAAUGGUGCUAAAAUGGCUGUAUGUAAGGCUCAAAAUAUACUAUGUGGCAUACCACGUGAUGUUGAAUUUCACAAAUUGUAUGCAUCCAUUGUGCAAUUCAAACACCCCAAAAUGAACCAUAAACUCCCUAAAAUUCGUCUCUACAAAUUUUAACAUUAAAAGCUGAUAUGAUCGUCUCUUAUGGUGCUGUAGCAUCAGAGGAUAGUGGCAAAGGCAUGCAUUGUGGGUGUCGUACACCGAAGAUGUAUCUGAAUACAUUAUGGGGUUUUGCCUUGCCCCCUAAAUAUAGUAAAAUCUUUGGCUGCUCAGAAGUGGUAAUAUCUGCCAAUCACAAUUAUUUACCAUGGGAAAGCAUUGGAUUGGCAGAUAUUGUCAAGGAGGCAGUCAGCACAAGCCAAACAGUCAUAUCUCCUUAUAGAGCUGCAUCUCUGAGGAAGGUUCAGUGUCUCGGUGCACAGGGUGGAGACCCUAAAUGCCAAUGCUGCGCAGCACUGCCCCAGGAAGCACCUCUAGUAGCCAUCUGAAGAUUGGCCACUGAAGGUAUCCCUAGGCUGUAAUGUAAACACUGCUUUUUACUGCAAAAAUCCCAAAGGUACUGAUUAUAUUCACCAGAACAAAUACAAUAAGCUGUAGUUCUGGUGACUAUAGUAUCCCUUUAAAUUACAUUGGAGCAAACCUACAGAAUAAAUUCAAGGUUUUGGUUCAGAAGGCAGACAAUUACCUCUGUCCUUAAAGGGACACUAUAAUCACCAAAACAACUUUACCUCAAUGAAGCAGUCUUGAUGUAUAGGUCAUGCCGCCGGAGUUUCACUGUUCAAUUCCACUUAGAUGUUAAAUGACUUGAGUCUGUUUAUGCAGCCCUAGCCACACCUCCCCUGGCUUUGACUGACACAUCCUGCAUGAAAACAAUAUGGUUUCGUUUUCAGAUGUUAAGUUGCUUUAAGUUUUUAUCUUUUGCUCUGUAAAUUGAACUUUACUCAUAAACAGGAGGUUUCUGAAGAGAGCAGAAGUUGUGUCCCUUUAAGGGGUUAAGCAUUUUGUGGGUGGUGAUUCCUGCUUCUCAGCACUAUUUAGUGCUUACAGAUUCUUCCCGAGGUGCCAUGAGUUACAAUUUAUAUGGCCAAUCUAAAGACUUAGAUUGCAUAUAGGGUAUAGUCUUGUUACGCACACAUUAUUGAAGUCAAAAUAAUCCGAACAAUUUUUGGAAGGUUAAUUUUUUUCACCCCAUUCUUUUGCAUAGCCCUUGGAAUAUUUAAUGUAAUCCAGGGAAGGCAAGUUUUGUCAAGCAGAUGUGUGAACAGGGCAAAAAUGAUGCAUGGGUGGUAUUCUUAUUUCAUAUUCUAAAAAUUGGCUAACUGCACGCUUUUUUCUUCAAAACGUAAGUCUGUCAUGCAUCCUGUAACAGCGUUAAAACAUAGAUCCUACAAGGAAUAACUUGCCACAAUUAACUUUUGGAGUUGUUUAAAGCAUGGUGAUUGAGUAUUACUUCCUCUCUUGUCUUUUUUGUUCAAGUGCUUAAAUAAAACUACAGUGUUUACAAACUUAUGACACCGUAUACACCUGCUUAUUUACAGGUCUGUUUUGUUUGUGGCCACUGUCCUUUACCCCUUAAGGACACGUGACAUGUCAUGAUUCCCUUUUAUUCCAGAAGUUUGGUCCUUAUGGGGUUAAAGGGACACUCCAGAUCCCUAAAACAUUUUAGCUUGAUUAAAAGCUUUUGUGUGACUUUUUUUUUUUUUAAUUCAAAUUACAAGUUACUUUUAUAAAGUAUACUGGUUACACGCCCCUGGCUUUUCAAGCAGACAACAUGUCCUGUUACUUCCUGGUUUGGUUAGCUUUGCACUCAAAUGCAGCAAUUGUUCACAGCACCUGUAUUCGGAAGUCUGUGAAUAGACAGUCUGGUUGGGGUUCGAAGAGGAGGGCUUGCAAAGGCAGCAGACAUGAGAUCUGCUGUUUUUAGCUAUAACACCAAUGAAAAGAUACAUAAAUGCAUGCAAGUUUUCAUUUGUUAGAUCUAUUAACCCCUUAAGACUGGAGGGUGUACUAUUACGCCCUAUUUUAGGCGGCUCUAAACGCCGCCGGGCGUAUUAGUACGCCCUCCGGUCUUUCAUUACUUACCCGGUCGCUGGUUAUCGCAUUUGGGGGGACUCCCAGGGAGCCCCCUGCGGCACAUCCAGCCUCCUGGAAGCCCCCCCGGCCAUGUGACAGUGAGGUCCUUGCGACCCUGGUCCCACUGCUGGCUGGAAAUAAAAUUACAUAAGUUAAGUGUAAAAAAAAAAUUUAUACUUAGAUCAUAUAUAGAGAUAUACAUAUACAUACACAUGUACACUGUCUAGGUGUAUUUUACUAUUAAUAUAUAUUAAUAUCAAAUUACACGUAGACUGAUAUUGAUUAAAUAUAUAUAUAAUUAUUGUUAUAUUUAUAUAUAAUAUAAAAUUUUUUUGUAAAUACGUUAAAAAAAAGAUGUGUUAUUUCGUUCUAACUGUAUUGUGAUAUUAAUAUAUAUUUAUAUCAAAAUACACAUAGAACGAAAUAAUAUAUCUAUAUACAUAAAUAUAUACCUAAUAUAUAAAUAAAAAUAUUUAAAAAAAUUAUAUAUACAUAUAAUUCCCUAGGACUACAAGCACCCGGUAUGUAACCUUUUAGCCUGAGUGCAAGGAUUUCUAUGUUUAUAUAUUAAUUCUACAUAUAUAUUUAUGUAAUUUUACAUAUAUAUUUAAGUAUCUUAAUUACAAUUAGCGGGACCUGUCUGACAACCCAUACCGAAAGUAAAGGGAAUUUAAUUUGCUAGCGCUAUAUUUAACCCUAUAACUUUCCAAGACACCAUAAAACCUGUACAUAGGGGGUACUGUUCUACUUGGAGGACUUCGCUGAACACAAAUAUUAGUGUUUCAAAACAGUAAAAUGUAUUACAACGAUGAUAUCGCCAGUAAGUGAAGUUUUUUGCAUUUUUCACGCACAAACAGCACUUACACGGACGAUAUUAUUGCUGCAAUACUUUUUACUGUUUUGAAACACAAAUAUUUGUGUUCAGCGAAGUCUUCCGAGUACAACAGUACCCCUCAUGUACAGGUUUUAUGGUGUUUUCAAAAGUUACAGCGUCAAAUAUAAGGCUUGUUUCAUUUUUUUCACAUUAAAAUUUGCCAGAUUGGGUACGUUGCCUUUGAGACCCUAUGGUAGCCCAAGAAUGAAAAUUACCCCUAUGAUGGCAUACCAUUUGCAAUAGUAGACAACCCAAGGUAUUGCAAACGGGUAUGUCCAGUCUUUUUUAGUAGCCACUUAGUCACAAACACUGGCCAAAAUUGGCGUUUUUUGCAUUUUUCACACAAACAAAUACUAACGCUAACUUUGGCCAGUGUUUGUGGCCAAAUGGCUACUAAAAAAGACUGGACAUACCCCAUUUGCAAUACCUUAGGUUGUCUACUAUUGCAAAUGGUAUGCCAUUAUGGGUGUAAAUUUCAUUCCUGGGCUACUAUACAGUCUCAAAGACAACGUAACCAAUCUGGCGAAUUUAAAUUUCGAAUGGAACGUGCUAUAUUUGACCCUGUAACUUCCCAAAACGCCAUAAAACCUGUACAUAGGGGGUACUGUUUUACACGUGAGACUUUGCUGAAUACAAAUAUGUGCAUUUUUUUGCAGUAAAAGCAAACAGUAUUAAGACAUUGACAGUUAAAAUGUCAUGUAGAACUAAAAAAAAUAACAGAACUUCUAAUUUUCUCAAAUUUUUUUCAUUAAAUUAUGUUUCAUAGCUAAAUAUUUGAUAUUAAAUGAAAGCCCUGUUUCCCCUGAAUAAAAUGAUAUAUGAUAAGGGUGGGUGCAUUUAAUAUGAAAGAGGUGAAUUACGGUUGGACAGACAUGUAGCGCAAAUGCCAGGUUUUGUUUACAUUUUGUUUCGUUCACAACGUGUACAUUUGGCUCCGUCCUUAAGGGGUUAAACCGUGAUAUUUAUUUUGUAUUUGGGCAGUGGAGUGGACCUUUUUAAGGAGUAAGGGAUCUAAUUUCUUAAAGCAACACUCACUUUUAUCAAACCCAUUGCCAACAAAUCUUGGUUUUCUGUCUCACUCUUUGAAGCAGUGAGUGCUUUUCAAAGGGAAGCAUUUGUUUUAGUGCGUUUUUUUUGGGAAGUGUUGGUAUAUCAGAGCAAUUGCUGCAUAUGUGCCACGCAUUCCAAUGAGCCACAUUGUUCCACUUUUUGAAAUGUGCUUUAAAGAGGUCUAUAUGAAAUAUGCAUGUUGACUAGAAUGAAAAUGUUUUGUCAACAUGUUGACAAAAUGUUUGUGGGUACUUCAUUAAUACAUGCUCCUGAAGGAUGAAGCACCAGGAGCUGAAUAUGGAUGAUUGCAAUACCCUCAAUGGCCUUUUCUACUUUGGCCACUGCAUGAAGUGAGCUUAUCACUUUCAGAGGGUUUUGCAACUUAUGUAAAGACCUGAUGAAGUGACAUGCCCUGCUUUAAGCCUAUUUUGUAAUUGUAUCUAAACUUUCUGUACAUAAAAUUAUAUAAUCUGUUUGUGGUGGUGUGCUAGCGUAUUAGUAUAAACUUGUUUUUAAAUGGUUGUAAAUAUAAACCUGCUGUAUGGUGGUUAACGUAAAGUGAUUUAAUUUUUUUUCCCACUAGCUGAUUGGGAUCAACGACAAAUACCUUUCCCUUCUGACUGACAGUGGUGAUGUUCGUGAUGAUCUUAAGCUGCCAGAUGGUGAUUUGGGAAAAGAAAUAGAAACUAGAUUUGAAGGCGGAGAAGAGAUUAUGGUAAGGGGACUUUCGUGCGGUUUUAUUUGUAUUGCUUGUUUAACAAUACUUCCAAGGCAUAAUAUCCCUUUACUUGAGUAUGUAAUACUGUAUGUUUUGAGUUAAUUUAAUGUCAUAUUCAAGGGGUAUACUUUUAGCUAGCAUCUUUGCAACUACGUAGUUAAUGAUUGUUGCAUUUGUCUUUCAGAUCUCCGUCUUGUGUGCUAUGAAUGAGGAGUAUGCCGUUGCCAUCAAGGCCAUGACCAAAUAAACAUAUUCCCAGGCUCGAGCAAAGUGCUCAGGUCAAGAUAAACAGAUCUUAAAUUUGGUUCUGAUUGUCACCAAAGCAUAUGGCCUUUUCAAAACCUCAUUAUUUUUUUUUUUCAAUUGUUUUCAUGUGUUUGCUCGAAGCGGAAAUGGGCAAUGCAGGUUAACUGGCUAUUUUCCAAAUCACUGCAGUUAAAUUCAGUUUGAAUGCUUUAGGUGUUGAUAUCCUUGCAGGUGUUCAUUUUGAAGGUCCAUCUGAACUGACAGCAUUAGUUUUGUUGCAUCAAAUCUGCUCCAGAUGCAUAGUUUAAAUCAAGUGUUGAUGAGAAAUACUGGUUACAUACACCUAGGAUAAAAGGACAGUUGACUGGGCAGUGUGAUUUUUUUUUUAAAAGUACCCCUUAGUAUAUCUUAGAACAAAAUGAGACCUAGAACUCUAAAACUAAAAAAUAAAGUUUUAAGCCUUAUGCAUGUUAUGUCUGGAGUACAAAGUUCACAGCUUGGACUGAGUAAACUUAAGUGAUUUAGAAAUGCCAGUUUGUUUGCAACUUCCCUGUCCCAUCAUUAUAAAACAAAUUUAAAAGUCCUGAUGGCCAUGUGCAAACAAAAUUGUAUUACCUCUGUACUCUCCUAUGCCAACAUGUUGGCUUGCAUAUUGUAACCUUAUAAACUGGUGUCAAAGCCUGCCUAAAGUUUAGACAGGCACUCUGUAUGUUGUAUGAUUUACAUAGUGGGCAUACAUGGCACAAAUGAGGGUUAGAGUUGUUAACGCUACAGAUUUUCACUUGAGGCCUUUGUCAUCAGACUGAAAAAAAAAAUAAAAAUAGAAAAAUGCAGUUCAGUUGCUUUUUUCCUUGUAUUUAUCUUGAAAUAUUAAACUGAGUAAAGACCUACCUGGGAAUCGGUUUGCAGUGCUUCCAGUGUGAAUUUUUAUUUUGUGGAUUCUACCUUUUGUGACAAUGUGGACAAUGAUCAUGCAAUCGUCAAGUACUUUUAUCAAAGCUGUCAAAUCCCUCCUAUAUACUUAACUGUGUUAAUACAUCUAAGGUACCUUUUUAAAAGCUGGUAUGGUAACAGUUCUGGAUUUAAUCUCCAAUUACCUCGCCCACCAACCUUGGCGGAAUCCUCUUCCCUCACAUGCAUUCUGGGAAGUAAGAUCUUCAUAGUUUGUGCAGCACAACAUUUCUGUGUAAAAUUGACGUAUAACAUCUCCUCUCCUGUGCCUACUUACUUUAAGCACCUGCCCUACAACUGAACAUCCUUCUGAUGUCUUUAAAGCUACAUGUGGCUUAAAUUGGAUGAUUUGCUUACACUUCUUACCGCUACGUAGAAAUCCCACAAAUUUCUUCAUGUACUUUGUGUGAACUUUUAAGUGUUAAAUUUGGUCAGUUUGUGUAUUUCAUCUUGAAGGACACCUAGUGCAGGAAUGCUGGUUACUGUAAUCUUUUGAUUUUUCUUGAAAGGUUUAGGAAAAUUGUAAAUGUGCGGACUAACACUGGCUUCUAUUCUCUGCAUGCAUUCAGAAUAUGCAGUCUAAAGUGACACUAAACAAAUGUUGCUACUCAUCUGUCGCUUCUUAAUGAAAACCUGUAUAUUCACCCGACUGAGUACACAUUAGUGAAUGGUUCGAUUUUGACCCAUUGGUGAUCUUUAAGGGCUAGAGUUUGGUUACUGCUCUAAAAUGCACUGACAUUCUAUUAUUCACUCAAUGUGUUCUUUCAAAAAGAAACUGCUUAAGACUAUCUAAACUGUCAACUUGUGUGAAAACAUGGAGUUACUUAAAAACUGGUUAAAAAAAAAAAAAAAUUCUUUACUCAUUAUGUACAACUUGCAAUGAGUCCUUAUACUUUUUUUCUUUUUGUGCAUGGCCAUCAAUCUGUUGGCAACAUUAUGGUUUCUAGUCUCCCGUUGUGAUGUUGGGAUCUAGAUGUCCUUGGUAAUUUUGCAGAAAGUAAUAUGUAUAGGUCUACUCUGGGGGGACGACAGUCCUUUGCACAAAAGGAUUGAAAUGACCAACACUAUUAUAGCAGAUGUGUUGUGACUUUAAUUUGUGCUUUUCCUUCUUGCCCAGCUUCACUUAAGCAUAGAACCUACAAACAUGUGAAAGUUGGUUUAAAUGGCUAAUUAUGUAACUGCUUAUUUGCAUACAUUUCAGAUUCAAGUUAAAUGUUAAAUUGCUCUUGCUAAUGUAUGUUACAUCUGUGGUCUACAGUUACUUUGCAUCAUAAAAUGUACACUUGUUUUGUAAAUACAAACUUUAAGUGGUAAACAGUCUGGGGUUUGUAGGUAUUUAAACAAUUGUAACAAUUUCAAAGUAGGUGUGCUAAGGUUUCUGGAUUAUUUUCUACAAUAGCACCUAAAAUGUCAUCCUCUCAGAUAAGGUGACUAAACAACCACCACGCCCCCCAAAAAAACUUUUUUUUUUAAUCCAUGAAAUAUCGCUGCUGUUAAACAUCUUUAGACAGACGACAUCUGCAAUGUUUGAAUGCAAUAAGGAAAGUUCAAUCGAGCGCCUCCAUGAUUGAAAGAAUAUCUUGCGUCAGAACAUUGUAUUGGUGGAAUGCAGUGCUUAGCAGUAGCUGUGGGACUCUAGUGUCCUGUUAUGAGGAUAAACUCAUAACUAUGUAUAAGAAGCUAAUACAAAAAGUUGAAUGGCGAUAUGAAAAGCAUUUAUUCAAUUCUUCUUGUUUAAUGUAAUGAGAAUAAGGAGCUGUGCCUCCAUUUUAGUAGAUGUAAAAUAAACUUGCUUCAUUCCCAGAAUUUAUGGCCCCCAUUUACUAUAACCUGCUAUAUUAUACACUUUUUAACCAUUGUGUUUAGCAGGAUAUCUGCUAUAACUAGCUGCUGGUUUAUUUUUAUGAAUUUGUUUCCAACUCAAGUUGUAACCUAGGUGCGCAAUGUGAUCAUUAUUCAGUCAUCAACCUAUUGCUGGAACUUUUGACAAUCUCACUAAUUCAAAUACCUGGUUUUGUUUUAAUUAUCUGGACCCAGUAGACCUUCAGCUGUUCCAUUGUGAGCUAUAUUGAGUGCUAUUUUACCAGAUACUACAAAGGCUUGUCAUUCUUGGCAAUAUAUAGUGUACUUGCUGGUUUCUUAACUUCAAAUAUAGGCUAGCAUAGCCUAGCUUUUUGACCAGCUUAGUUGAUAUUUCUCUAAAUUUGGCUGGGCUCGAUGCUUUAACCUUCUGAUUUCCAUUUCCUGUAAUAUGCGUUUAGUGUAAACCCUCUAUCUUUAGUGUCUGGUUAUAGAGCCUUGAUGCAAGAUGCAGUCCUCUGGCAAUCUGGGGCACAGUGUCUAGUUAUACGUACAUGUGUCUUGGCCUGGUGAGCUAUGUAAAAUACAAUUCUUCCCAUAUUUGGAUUGUAAUCAGUGGCUGAAAGUCGUUGCGUUUGUCUGCUAAAUAAUGUGACUGCAACGCAGUUUAAUUGACACUGAAAAUGUAAACUUCCAGUACAUUACUUGCUCUCUUACAUGUUCCUUUAGUAAACACACAGAUACUUGUAAUUUACUGUUUUAAAUGGUGCCCCCAUUGGUUUUUAACCAUUGGGACCUCCUAAAAUAGUACAAUGCCCUAAGCAAUUGCCUGGCCUAGUUGAAGGUGUUUUCUAGAACACGUUAUAUGUUGUAUUACAGUUGGCAAGUGGUUCACUGAGUUACUGUAACUAAAGGAUGGAUUUCCAUGCAAAUACCAUGUCUUUCUAAAAGUUAUUCAGGGUUUUCUCCAAAAAUAUCUAAAAGGUGUGGCUCAGGCCUGUUAGGUGUGUAUAUUUUGCCACUUAAGGUUAUAUGUAAAAUGGGCUUGUAUAUUUUGUAUUUCACUUAAUUCAAACCUAAUAAUGUAAAAUGUAAUGUAUAUUGCCAUCCCAUUACUGUGGAUUGCACAAGUAGUUAAACACUAAUAAAGGAUAGGCUCUGUCAGAUGUGUCUAGUUUGGAAUCUUUUUGGGAGAAAAUAAACUAAAAUGAUUACGGACUAUUUUCGGUAUAACUUUUUUUUUUUUUUAGUAUGACAGUCAAGAUCAAAAUCGAGCACAGUUCAAAGAUUAUUGGUAAUGCAUCAUUGUUGGGAGGGUGGCAUGGUUGGCAUGAUUGUAAUAUUAAUGCUAUAAUUCAGAGAUUAAAAUUACUAGUUUGACAAAUGAGGGACAUGCUUGAAUUAUAGGAGUUUGUUAUAGUAGGAAACAAGCUAGAAAAGCCUCUAUGGGAAAGACUGAGUAUAGGUUCCUAAUUUCUUAAAACAUCCCAGACAUUGGGCCACAGUACCACUGAGUUUCACGGACCACAGAGAAAGGCAGCAUGCAGACAAUGAACAAUAAAACUUAAUAAAACAGAUCAGAUAAAGAUGUUUUAGGUGACUUUAAAGCGAUGCAUCUUUUCAGUCAGCCUGUUACUACAGCUGGAAGGCUUAAAAGAGCACUAUAGGUUCAUAAACAUGUAUUCCUGACCCUACGGUGUUAGACAUUAGCCCCCUGAUUCCUUCUUGUCUCCCUAAAUAUAGUAAAAUCGUACUUGUAUUAAAGUCUGUUGCUGCUGGCUCUGCCUCUGACCUUCCCCUGUCUGACAUCAGCACAAUGCUUCCAUGUAAGGACUCGAUCAAGGGGCAGAGCCAGCAUAAGUCAAACACAGCCCUGGUCAAUCAGCAUCUGCUGAUUGAGAUGCAUUGAAUCCAUUCAUCUCUAUGAGCAAAGUUCAGUGUCUGCAUGCAGAGGGUAGAGAGACUGAAUGCCAAUGAUGCUUACUCUGCAGAACUGCCCAAGGAAGCACUUAUAGCAGCCAGCUAAGGGGUGACCAGUGGACAUUAGGCUGCAAUGUAGACACUAAAUUUUCUCUGAAAAGACAGGGUUUACAGCAAAAAGCCUGAAGGGAAUGAUUCUACUCACCAGAACAAAUACAAUAAGCUGUAGUUCUGGUGAUUAUAGUGUCCUUUUAACAGGUGGAGAGUUCAGAGACAGCAAUGUCCUUUCAGCCACAGGCUGGAUUGUAGGCCAGCAUCUGUGAAUCAUGUACUUGGACAUUCGGGUAGCCAGUCUUUCUCCAUUGGGGAGACACAGAAGGUGUGAAUGGUACACCACCAACGGUUGCAGUCUGUCCUAUGGCCAUGGGUCAUCAAAAAGGUGGCCCUCAGCCUAAGCGGGCUAGUAGUUGUAGAAAGGUGUGCAUGAGUAUAUUGAUUGUUCAGAGGAGGCUCACACAACCAGACCCUUACUCCUCCGCAGAGUAGUAGCCUACUGAUGUGCUUUCCAAAAGCGCUCAAUGGUCAUCUAGUGGUUUCUAGAAUUGGGUGUGGGUGCUCCACAUCAGUGAGAGUUGAAGGUCAGUGGGGGCCAGGUUUUCUUGACAAGCUUUAGAAGGCGCGGCCAUCUGCAAAACUAGAUACUCCACCAGCCUCACCAAAAUUUGUCUGCUGCACAGAGCAAUGCCAGUAGUUAAACUAGUUUGUUGCCAGUUUCCAACACAUUUUACGGUGCUAAUUGAGUGGCAUCUUGAUAAAUUUGUUUUACAACUCUGCAUAAAGUUUGAAGGCCUAUUUUCAGACUAAUUACUCUUAGUGCAACACAUUUUAUAAUUUCUUCUAUUUAUUGCCAGAAAAACACGUUGAAAUGAUUCAUGUCUAUUCAGAAAUGUGUUUGAUGGAGCAUGUCAUUGCAUAUGUCAUAGGUUAUCAGUGCUCCUCUGAGAAGCAUUGGAUUAGACUGAGAUUAGAAUUGAUCUAAGGAGGAACUGCUAAGAAAACAGUUUCAAAAAAAAUGACCACAGGUGAGUUGUAUGAUGAACUCUUGUAAUUCCACAGGGGAAAAAAAAAAUUGUUCAAAAAUGUAAUGUUUUGAUUUGUCAGGCUAUAUAUUUGCAUGGAGUUUUUUUUUUUUUUUCUUGAUCUUGUGAAGAGACCAGAAAAAUGUCAUCAAAAUGGUUACAAGGAAACUUGGUUAUUGGUGAUACUAGCACUGCUCUAAUUUGAACGUUGGAUGUACUGUAUAGUAUAUUUUUCAUAGCUCUUUAGGCCAGUAUAGUAUAAAAAGUGGUUAAUGAAGUUAGAUUAUUGCUCAGAUUCAAAAUAACUGCAGGGGAAAAAAAACACACUGCCUAACCAGUGCCCCAGUGAAGGGGUAGGAAUGUCCUGGUAUAUAUGUUGUUGCUCUACUCACAUUGUAUAUAAUUGCCAUCAAACUCAGGGUUGUCAUUAUGUGCCCUUAUUCUCUAUAACUCCUCUACAUCACAUAAGCACUAUUGCGAAUAUUAUGGCUAUUGCACAGUAAACCCAUAAGCCAACAGUUUUUUAAUACUUUCACCAAGGAACACUGCUUGUUUGCUGCUCCCAUAUCCCAGUGGUUUGAUGUCCUUGACGAUGUGGACAGUAGACUUAAUUGGAACAGUACUGGGCAAGGUUUAUGAUGAUUACAAGAUAAGGUGAAGUGAAAAUGCUGAAUAAAAACAAACAGCACAACUUUAUUUUAUAUAAUAUUGAUAAACAGCAAGUGCCUAAAGUAAAAACUGAAGCAAUCCUGUAAUGGGCUCAGUCGGUGCAGGUUUUGGGCUGAAAUAUCUAUUGCUUAUGCGAUAAACAGGUUUCAUCAGUACCCAUACCGACAAGGGAGCAGUUUAGAAUGUCCUCUUAAAUAUGAGUCUCUAUAACUGGAUCUCAUUCCAUGUUUCUUGUAAUAAUGCCCAUUGAAGCAUCAUUUACAAUUAACUCCAAUUCAUUUAGGUCUUGGAUUAGCCACAAACGCUGGCCAGUUUUUUUUUUUUUUUCCUUCAAUAUAUAGUGUGUAUACACCCUGUUCCAAAUUAAUAUGCAAAUGUAUUUUUCUAAUUUACUUAAAUAAUUGAUGUAAAUAACAAUCAGCAUAAUUCUCAUGUUAUCAAUUCUCAUGUUAUGAGCUUGAAAAAGACCUUUCCGGUCGAAACGUUGCGUUGCAUUCAGUCAUAAUAAAUCUGCCUGCGGCUUGAAGUUGG